ACCGGCGGCGCCGAACUGACCAAAACCAAUCCCGGGAGAAGCACGCAACGCCAAAGCCAAACCCCUCUCUUACUCGUUCAGAUUCCAUUCGAUUCGAUCUCUUCUCCGCCGUCUCCGGCGCCGGCCCCGGUCAUGGCGUCCCGCUCCUCCUCGCAGUUCGACGAUCCGGCGGCGGCGAGGCGUCCCCCGCAGCGUGAGCGGAAGCCGCCGUAUAUGCUGCUGCUCCCGCUCGUCUACGCCCCCGUGCUCCCCCUCAUCAGGAUCGGGCUGCGGCACAACCCCGUGGUGAGGGACCGCCUCUUCUACGGCGUCCUCGCCGGAGCAUUCGCCCAUGGUGCCUACCUCAUAUCGGAACUAUAUGACGUGGAGAGCAAAUGAGCUGCAUCCCUCCAGGGAUGAAAAGAUGAGUUUUCAGACAGCAAAUUUUGAUUGCAUUGAGAGUCCCCAUUGGAUAAGAGCUGACUGGGUCUUCAGAUUGACAAGUGUGCCAUGUACCUAUAUUUCCUUCCGUUCUUGCUAUUAUGUUUGCCAAAAGGGUAUAAUGUUUGAGCACAUAAAAUAAUCCUGACAGCAAGAAAUAUAUAUUCGGCAACUGUAUUCUGUUCACAA